AUGGCAUCUAAUUUGAACGCUGAUCUGCAGCGACAUACAGGACUUUUUCCAUGUUCUGCAAAUGUUCAUAUUCCUUAUUAUGAAGCUGAAAACUUCAGGGUAAAAGCUGCCCUGGGCAGCUCCAAAGUCCCCAGUCAUUUUCUAUUAUCCACUGUAACCCAAGAUGUAAAGCCAGCAAGUGAGAAAUAUAUAAAGAUGAUCAGUAACAACCUGACGUUUACAGAGGAUGUGAUUGAGAAUCGUUGUCUACAUAUGAUGCCGUACAGUGAAAAGUAUUUUCAGGGCAUCUUUGAGCCAGGAAAACUAAUAUCUUCUCGUAUGCAAACAAAACGUCAGAGCAGAUAUAAAACUAGAAAUCAACAUGAGAAUUGUGUACCCCACUAUCAAAGUACUGUUAUCAAGCCAUAUCAGGUUACACCUCUGAAAAAAAUGGUCAAAAGUCAGGAAAAUCAGCUUCAUAGACCAGUCCAAGUUGCUAGCAAGAGUAUAGAAGAAGCAAAGAAUUCACAAUAUGUAUUACCACUGGAUUCGUCCAGUACUCUUUUCAUGACCGAAAUUGGCUCUAUGGGUACAUUUCCAAAGAUAAACAAUGACAGUGUUCAGACAAUUUAUGCCAACAAUUUAGCAGAAAAGAGCACUGUAAAAUCUAGCAAUGUGAGAAAUGAAACAUACGAGCAGAUUGCACCCAUGAGCCAGAAUGUGAAAGCCAGCAUAGAAGAGCCAAAAUUAAGUAUUCUGCCUGACAUUUCUGAAGAAAGACAAAAUAAUCUGAAACUUCAGAAAAGGGAUUGGGAUGAUCAUCUUUUGUCUAAACUGAGUCAGCUAACUGCAAACUGGAUUGUCCACGCAUGUACACCAGAAGAUGGCCAAAAAGAAAAACUUGCAAAUGAACUUACAUCUUGGUAUGGACAUUCAAGGCACACAGAUCUUGUAACAGAAGAAAUCAAUGACACAGAAGAAGAUGAUCAGCACAGAGAUCAGAAGCAUAAAAAGGAGUGGAAGAAAAAUGAACCCUCCAGAAUUUUAGCAAAAGUCUACAAUGUAACCCCACCACCAGCAGCAGCCAUUGAUCCAUAUUCGGAUGAUAAUCAAGCUCCAUUUUAUAGACAACCAACUGGUAUCAGAAAAAUGAAGAGAAAUCAAGACAAAGAAGAAGCAGGUGCAAUCAAUACAACAGCCCACAAUAUACAAAUACGAGACCAUGUUCAGGCUCCACUUCCAAAAUUAAAGGAUUUUCUCAAUCCUAAAGUUGGGGAUAAAAUCUAUGAAACAGACAACUUAUACCAGCAGGAAUGGCUUACUGGUAAAAGUCAUAUCUUCAAUGAUGGAGGUAAUCAAGAUGAAAUAAAAAUAGAAUCAGGCAACAAAUACAGAAAACAAUUGCAACCAGAGAUGCCACUUAAACCUGAUGUCUGGUACACACCUGAUGACUCUGAUCACACUCAACAACAAGGUUCAUUCAGGAAACGUUAUGUACCCAAGCCGAAGAAAGGGUGGAAGCGUUGGACAGACCUGCCUCAGCCAGCAAGUGAUGCAGAACAGUUGAUGGUCACAGAAUCUUCCGAGAUAAACCACAAGACUGUAAAAACAACAGAUUCCAGACAGAGACAGAGAAUCAGACAAAAUCAUGCACUUGUAGCCAUUGUUCAUGACUGGCGGAGCAGAUGGUUCAUGAGUGGUCAGUAUGCAGACAGUACCCCAGAUGAUCUUAUCAGAGACAUGGCAGAUAUACAGCCUCAUGUCAGAUUGAAGGCAAUUGGAACGCUGGCAAAGGCAGCUGAAUACAGCAGUGAUGAUUCCAAAGAUAAUGUCUCUGCACAAGAGCUUCCAGAGAAGAUAUUCAUUGCCUUGGAAUGCCUUCUGGAUGACAGCCAUCAACAAGUGAGAAAAGCUGCUGCUGUGACAAUGUACUCGCUGGGCAGGCCAUCGGACAAGGCUGAAGGGAUACUGAAGAAAAUGUUAGCAAGUGAUAAUGAAGCUGACAGAUGGGCCAGUGUCCAGUGCCUUUCACACUAUGGUUCAAGUGACUCUGAUGUUGUCACAGAGAUUCUGAAACAGAUCUUAUCCACAGAGUCAGCCAUUAAAUAUGAGCAGGGCAUCCACUUACUCUCCAGAAUUAGUGCCACCACAAAUAUUGUUCACUGCAUUGUGGCUGAGCAACUGAACAGCAGUAACUGGCGGCACCGUGUGAUUGCUUGUAAAAUUUUACCCACUCUCUGUGGAUCUAUCAAUAGGGACAUCACUCAUAAACUGUUAGAGCUGAUGUGGCAUGACUGGCAUGCUGAGGUUAGAAAUGCUGCGGCCCAGUGCCUGGGCAAGACAAGCCAUGGACAGGAUGUUCAUAACAGCAUUAUAGAACAGCUGCUUCAUGGGACAGAAAGAACUAAAUUGGAGGCCAUCAGCAAACUGGGACAAUUAGGUAUAAUGACAGCCAAGCUGCUGCCUGCAUUUCUGCAGUGCUUCGCAAGUCAUUUUGUGUCCAUCCGCUGUGAAGUGUGUAUUACCUGUGGGAACCUGCAAAUAAAUGAAGAGCAGGCUGUACAACAGUUGCUUCUUCUAGCAACAUCAGAUCCUUCCUGGAGAGUAAAGGCCUUAGCUAUACAAGCAUUAGGCAAAAUUGGAACAGUUAACAAUGACGUUAAGGAGUGUCUGUUUUGGGCACUGAGAUAUGAAGAUAACUCAGGUGUGCGAGCUGAGGCAUGUCACUCAAUUGUGGCACUUAACAUCAGAGAUGAGGAUAUCAUUGAAACAUUACAAGAGAGACUCUUGGUGGAAUCAAGUGGCAUUGUUAGAAAGGAAAUUGCCGAAGCAUUGAUUCAGUUUGGUGUCAGUGCUACAGAUGACACUGAAAUGGUGGCCCAGAUUAAAUCUGAAAUCUGCAGGCUAUCUGACCACAAUAUUGUUGCUUCAGAGAUAAUGGUCAAUGAGGCUGAUGAUUCUAAACAAGCACAGCUGAAGAAAAUUGUGUAUCUGACAGAAGAGGAUAUUGAGGCAUUAAACAAGAGAAAGGCACUAAUGUUACAACACAUACAGUCCCAAGCUAAUAUCAAGAAACACAGACCUUCUUCUAAAUCAAAAAUGGCAACACCACUAGCAAGUACAACACCAGAACCAUUCAGCAGAGAGGGCAGUGAGUUCACGCAAGCAGCAGAUAAAGAACUUGAAGCUCUUCUCGGUCAUAGAUCUGAAAGUUGUUCUCUAAGCAGCAAAUCAAGACCUGCAACUAAGCAAUCAUUCAUCUCAGAUGAAGAAGAGAAGAGCAGAAGUGGAGAAGAACCUGAAGAAAAUUAUCCUGUUGUCCAAGCUGAGACUGAUGAUGAAGAAAGGAAAUCUUAUACCAGUGGAAGAGAAACAGGUUUAAGUGAAUUUGAUGAGGAGACUCAGAAACCAGCUAAAUUGAGCCUGCCGCCUUUAAUUCAUCCUACAUUUGGUAAAAACAUUGUAUCCCCAUAUUCAAAACCUGCCUCAGGUAUUUUAUUAAAUUCAAGAUUGUCUCCAGUGCAUAUUCACAGUCAUAGGUCAGUAAAGGAUGUAGACUCACUAAAGGAAGAAGAUAGAUUUAACCAGGAAGUUUCAACAAUUUUUUCAGAUCUUCAUGUCCGAUAUGCUUACCUUAUUGAAGAUUUGAUGAAGAUUGAUAAAGGAUACAAUACUAGAGAGUCCCUAAGUACUGGGGAUCUUGAGAUUUUUGUAUCAGGGGAAGAAUUUCAACUUAAUGAAACUAUGACUACAGUACCUAAUAAUGAUACAUUAGAAACGGUAACACAAGAGGGUUUGUCAGAGAGUAAUGCAGCCUGCAUUGAAACACAAGAAGUGACUGACUGA